AUGGGGCUGAACAUCUUGUUCGUGUCCAAAGCCUGUCUGGCCGAAGCGAAACCCGUGGUCCUGUCGGUGGCAACUUUCAACAUCAACGUCACGAGCAUGCUCAGGAACGGAAACGACAAAUACCUGAGAAAGCAACAGAAUUUCGGUCGUCCGGAGCUCGCCCUUCUUCGCGCGAUUGAGCUACCCAAGAUCCCCUACGCGAUUGGAGGUUUUGCUCAUCAGCUCAAGGCAAUGCCAUUCCUCCACGAUGUCGUUUGGAGUGUUGCAGAAGAACUGGUGGUUCGCGGCCGAUAUCCGUCUAUGACCGAGGCUCAACCCAUUUUGACUAGGCUCGCGAAAGACAUGCGUCGUAACUAUCCCUGGGACUCCCCUGCCCACAAAAUAAUCAAGCGACAUGUUGAGGAGUCGGCGUUGAGGGUGAGAAAGCCAGCUAGAUACCUCUUCAAACUCCGCGUGUGGGUCCAGUCGUUGUCUGAAGACACCUACUCGCAUGGUCAGGCUGCGUACGUGGACUUUCUUACGGAGACCAUUCAGGUUGUCGACGCAACAACGGACGAAGAAAAGAUCCUGGUGUCGAAGCGACCUGCACCAAGGCUGUUUGUUGCGUUGCAUUGA